AUGAAGUCGGUGAUGGAGCAGGAAUCGCUUGGAAGUGGACAAACACGGUACGCCGGGUGGUAUCCAAAACUCUUCUAUGCGUGGCGCGAGGAUUCGGCCAAGUGUGACGUGCUGGUCACUGACGCACACACGGAUAACCCGUCGGUUGAACACGGAGAUCCUGGAUGCGUGCUGCAUCUCGGAGUUGGCGACCCUCUUGUGGCUUUCUUCGUUGUGAAUGGGGUUGUGUAUGUUGGUCUAGUGUUCAGCAGUUACGAGCUCACCUCGCCAAUCAACAAACGUCUGCGUGACGCAGAGUUUGCCUCAGAUGCAAGCUCCUCUGUGGGCUCAGCAAUCGUAUCUGUAUAG